AUGGCAGCGUCUAAAGAAUGUCUUCAAAUGGCAAUAAGCCAACGCAUAGCGUUACUUCUACUGCAAGAACCAUAUGUAGGUGCAAAAGCACAUGUAACCUGUAAUCGUCGCGUAAUUCAAAAACCUACUAGUAACAGAGAUAAACCGGUUAAAUCGGCAGUCAUCGUUGUUGAUCCAACUUACUUAAUCAUAGAAAAUCCAGAGCAUGUUAGCGAAAAUAUAGUAGGGUUUAUAGUUAAAAUAGGAAAAUUUGAAGUAGGCAUUAUAAAUGUAUAUUUAGAGAAAGACGGUAACAUAGAAGAAGAUACAAAGAAGAUAACAAGAAUUGUGCAAGAUAUGGCUACGGAAAACGUUAUCCUAACAGGCGACUUUAAUGCAAGGAGUCUCUGGUGGGGGAGCAGAGCGGAGGACAAGAGGGGUUUACUUUUAUUGGAAAUGAUAGCUGAACUGGAUAUGAAUGUUUUAAAUCAGGGCAGUGAAUCCACUUUUUACCAAUACCGAGGAGGAAAGUUAUAUAGCAGCAUAGUGGAUGUGACCUGCUGUACGUCGGCAAUCCUACAUAAAAUGGAAAGAUGGAGGGUUGACCCUAAUUUUGUUACACUAUCUGAUCAUCGAGCCAUACAAUUUCAAAUGAAGGUCAAAACGGAUAAACAGAGUGUCGCGCUCAGAAAUUCUACUCGCUUAUUUAAUACAGCCAAGGCAAACUGGUCUCUCUUCAGAAACGACUUUAAAGAAAAAUUAGAAAAGGAGAACGUAACAGAAAAUAAAAUAAAAACCAUAGAUACACCAGAGGAAUUGGAUGAUAUCGUGGACUCAUAUGUCAAACAAGUAAAAUUAGCCUGCCAGAAAUCCAUACCAACUAUCUCUAAGAAUGUAUAUAAAACCUGUACACCAUGGUGGAACACGCAGCUAGAAGCAGAACGAUGCAAAGUUAUACGACUCAGAAGAAGAAUAAAAUUUGCCAAUGAGAGACGAAAACCGUACGUUAUCCAGGAUUUUGUAGAAGCAAAAGAAAAAUAUGUUAAUAAUAUAAUGACAGCAAUAACUACGAGCUGGAAAGAACUAUGCACUAAACAAGAAAAAGAAACUGUAUGGCAAAGUAUGUACAGAAUAAUAAAAAAAUGUAGCGCAUCUAACCAAGACAAACUGCUGAAAUCAGGCGAUGAAAUUCUUAACGCUAAUGACUCAGCAAUGUUAUUGGCAAAAUCUUUUUACCCAGAUGACGAUAAAAUCAUAGAUACUGAAGAACAAACCAGAAUACGAGAUAAAGCUGAUAAAAUAACUAAAGAACUUAGAAAAAGCACGACCAUUUCUCAUCGUAGUUUUACAGAGAUAGAAAUAGAGGCAGUUCUAGAUAAAAUGGACCCCAAAAAGGCGCCUGGCGAAGAUGGCAUCACGUCAGAUAUUUGCUAUCAGUCAUAUAAGACCAUGCCUUCAACACUAAUGGCUAUCUACAACAAGAGUCUCGAAAUAGGUUAUUUCCCAAAGAUCUGGAAAAAUGCCAUAAUAAAAAUAAUUCCAAAACCGAACAGAGAGGACUACACAGUUCCCAAAGCUUACCGCCCUAUUGGCUUACUUCCUAUAUUUGGAAAGAUAUUAGAGAAACUUUUUGUAACCAGGCUUCUUUGGCAAUUGGGAAAAGAGGGUAAACUUAACAGCCGACCAUACGGGUUCAUGCCGCAACGUAGUACAGAAGACGCCUUGUACGACGCUAUCUCCUUUAUAAAACAGGGGAUCAAGGAAAAAAAGAUUGUUGUUGUGGUAUCCCUCGAUAUAGAAGGGGCAUUUGACAAUGCAUGGUGGCCUCAAAUAAUAAAUGAAAUGCAUAGAAAACAAGUGAGUCAAGAUAUUCUGAGACUGAUUACUAGUUACCUAUCUUCGAGGAAUAUCACGCUAAAAUAUGCAGGUGCAGUAGUUACCAAAUCUACCACCAAGGGGUGUAUUCAGGGAUCUACUUGCGGGCCUAUACUUUGGAAUAUUCUCCUGGAUCCCCUCCUCGAAAGUACAUCACAUCUGAAGGUACACGUUCAGGCGUUUGCCGACGAUAUACUUGUGAUCGCAAAAGGCCACUCAGCCAAAGCAAUUGAAGAAUAA